AGUAUUUAAAGUCAGAGUUAGGUCAGCUUGUUUUAGCAAAAGAACAUUAUUAUGCCGUUUAUCAAUAAAGUCGUUCUUGUUGUUGGUGGAAGUUCUGGUAUAGGGGCUGCAACUGCAAUUAAAUUAUGUGGAGAAGGUGCGAGAGUUGCCAUUGUAGGAAGAAACAAAAGCAAAUUAAAGGUAGUUGAAAAUCAAUGUGAAGGAAUUCUUGUAAUAAAUGCGGAUGUAAGGCAUGACGAAGAUAUAAAAAAAAUUGUGGACACAACUGUAAACCAUUUUGGUAAAUUGGAUGUUUUAAUUAACAGUGUUGGUGUUGCUUGCUUUGCAAGUAUUACAGCAGAGAACGCUAUGGAAGAAUUUGAUAAAACUAUGGCUGUAAACCUUAGAGCCGCUGUUUAUCUUAGUCACCUUGCAAUACCACACCUCAUUAAAACUAAAGGUAACAUAGUAAACAUUUCAAGCGUUGCUUCGACUGCUGUAUUUUUCGAAAAUCAUUUUGCUUAUUGUACAUCCAAAGCCGGAUUAGACCAUUUUACUAGAAGUAUAGCACUUGAAUUAGCACCUAAAGGUGUCCGAAUAAAUAUUAUCAUUCCGGGGCCCGUUAAAACUGAUUAUAUCAAUGGUCUUAUAUCAGAUAUAAAAGAACAUGAAAAAUUCUAUAAAAUGUUAGAAAACCGAACAGCUUUAGGGAAGCAGUCUGAAGCCAACGAGAUCGCUGAUUUAAUAUUAUAUAUUGCCAGUGAAAAAGCAAGAAGCAUUACUGGUUCGUCGUUUGUAAUAGAUAAUGGAAUGUUACUCAAGGGUUAAUAGCGAUAGCGAUGUCUAUAAGUAAUUACUUGCGCGACGUCGCUUGAUACGCUGUAUUUAAUUAAUCACAAAAUUACUAUAAGAAGGAACACCAAAACAUUCGCCAAAUUAUUGUCUCUAAAACUCUUUAUGAGACCCUUACAGUAAAUCUAAUUAGUAUGUUUUUAAAUUCAAGAGGAAUUGAUAUUUGUCAUGAUGCUUUAUGUUUAUUAAUUUUAAGUGAUUUAAAGAAAUUUAUCAUUAAAUAUGAAAGUGUAUAAAGUACGUAUUAUAUUAUCAUAUAAAUAAACAUCAUUUAAAUAAUAAUAUACUUCGUAAUUAAUUUAUAAUUAUGUUUAAUUAUGCGCAAUAAAAUUGUAGAUAAUUUUAAUAAACAAUUCAUAUUACUACAUACAAUUUCAGAUGUCAAUAACAGACGAUAUUCGUAGUUGUCUCUUGACAUAACAAACUACCCUAAACUUCUCUGUAUCUUAUAUAAGCUUUAGUUGAGAUUGAGGUCAUUCAUUCACAAAAUUAAAUAGAGAGUUUCAAAAAAAAAAAUGAAUGUUAAAUUAAAAAUUAAUUUGUAAAAUUAAUUAUCAAAACGUAAAAGUUGAUCUUAAUUAUUAAUGAAAUUUAAGUUUUUAAUGUAAACUACAUGAUAUAAAUAAUGGUUACAUC